CGCUUCCAAUUGAAGCUAGCUUGAUUCAUGUUGAGACUUUCACUCAAAACAGUCCUUGCUCUUCCCCACUUUGUUUGUAAACCUAUAGCUACGGCCGGACUUGGUUGACUAGAAAGCACAGCCAUGUGCAGCUGUGUGCGGAGCUCCAGGGCCAUGGCCCCUGCGCUGCUCCCCAGGCUGCUGCUCCCUCAGAUAGGCUUCAGGCUGGCGGGCAGGGGGCUCUGGACCUCCCCGCAGUGUCUGGCUGUCAGCGGGGAGUCCCAACUCCCUCCUGUGCCAGGCCAGGCCCGGGUGGUGAUCUGUGGAGGCGGGAUUGUUGGAACAUCAGUGGCCUAUCACCUGGCCAAACUGGGCUGGACGGACAUCGUUCUGCUUGAGCAGGGCAGGCUUGGUGCAGGAACAACCAGACUCUGCGCUGGCAUUCUCAGCAUGGCUAAACCGAUCUCCAUCGAGUCUCAGAUGGCCAACUACUCCAGCAGUCUUUACCAGCAGCUAGAGGAGGAGACCGGUGUUAAAACAGGUUAUGUGAAGACUGGUUCUUUGUGUCUGGCACAAAAUCAGGAUCGCUUCAUUUCACUUAAGCGCCUGGCAACGAGACUCAAAGUGUUGGGGAUCAACUGUAACAUUAUUAAACCCAAAGAGAUCGCCAAACUCCACCCCCUAGUCAACAUUCAUGACCUGGUGGGGGCGCUCCAUCUCCCUGAUGACGCUGUGGUGUCCUCGCCUGACGUUAACCAUGCGCUGGCCGUGGCUGCCGCCCGACAAGGAGUCCAGAUUCUGGACCGGACCGCCGUUCAGCAGGUGGUGGUGGAAAAGGGCCACGUUAUGGCCGUGGAGACUGAUCGCGGCUCCAUUGAGUGUGAAUACUUUGUCAACUGUGCCGGUCAGUGGGCUUAUGAACUGGGCCAGGCUAGUGAAGUGAAAGUGUCGGUCCCGCUCCAUGGCUGUGAGCACUUCUACCUCCUCACCAAACCUCUCCAGGAGCCACUGGUGCCCAACACUCCAGUUAUAAUUGAUAUGGAUGGUAGGAUGUACGCGAGGCCGUGGCAGGGAGGCCUUUUGUCUGGUGGCUUCGAGAAGAACCCCAAACCAAUCUUCACCGAGGGCCGCAACCAGCUGGAGAUCCAGAACAUGCAGGAGGAUUGGGAUCACUUCGAGCCGAUGCUUAGCGCCCUGCUGAGAAGAAUGCCGCACAUCGAAACGGCCGAGGUCCACCAGCUGGUCAACUGUCCAGAGUCCUUCACGCCCGACAUGCGCUGCCUGAUGGGGGAGACGCCAGGUGUGUCUGGCUACUACGUGCUGGCAGGGAUGAACUCCUCGGGUCUGGCCUUCGCCGGAGGAGCUGGGAAGUACCUGGCAGAGUGGAUGACCUACGGCUACCCCACCGCCAACGUCUGGCCUCUGGACAUCAAACGCUUUGGCAACCUGCAGAGCAGCCGAACCUUCCUGAGACACCGAGUCAUGGAAGUCAUGCCCCUGCUGUAUGAGCUGAAGGUUCCUCGGUGGGACUUUCAGACCGGCCGGCAGCUCAGGACCAGUCCCCUGUAUGACCGCCUGGACACCCAGGGGGCUCGCUGGAUGGAAAAACAUGGCUUCGAAAGACCCAAAUACUUUGUUCCCCCUGGAAAAGAUCUGCUGUCCCUGGAUCAGAGUAAGACCUUCUACAAGCCCGACUGGUUUGAUAUUGUCGGAGCAGAAGUGAAGUGCUGCAAAGAGGCCGUCUGUGUCAUCGACAUGUCCUCCUUCACCAAGUUUGAGUUGACUUCUACAGGCGACCAGGCUUUGGAGCUGCUGCAGUAUCUGUGCGCCAACGACCUGGACGUUCCCGUCGGACACAUCGUCCACACUGGCAUGCUGAACAAGAGGGGUGGCUACGAGAACGACUGCAGCGUGGUCCGCCUCAGCAAGAACAGUUUCUUCAUCAUCUCUCCGACGGACCAGCAGGUCCACUGUUGGUCUUGGAUAAAGAAGCACAUGCCCAACGACCCACACCUCCACCUAGAGGAUGUGAGCUGGAAGUACACAGCUCUGAAUCUGAUUGGUCCACGAGCAAUGGACGUCCUGGCUGAGCUGUCGUACGUCUCCAUGACGCCCGAGCACUUCCCCUCCAUGUUCUGCAAGGAGAUGAGUGUGGGCUACGCCAACGGGAUCAGAGUGAUGAGCAUGACUCAUACUGGAGAACCAGGUUUCAUGCUCUACAUCCCCAUAGAGUACGCUCUGCAUGUAUACAACGAGGUGAUGUCAGUGGGGCAGAAGUACGGCAUCCGUAACGCCGGGUACUACGCUCUGAGGAGCCUUCGCAUCGAAAAGUUCUUUGCCUUCUGGGGUCAGGACCUCGACACGUUCACCACGCCGCUGGAGUGCGGACGGGAGUUCAGGGUCAAGUUCGACAAGGACACUAACUUCCUGGGCCGCGAGGCGUUGCUGCAGCAGCGCCAGGAGGGCGUGUUCCGCCGCUUCAUCAUGCUUGUCCUGGAGGACCACGACACGGAGCUGGACCUGUGGCCGUGGUGGGGCGAGCCUGUCUACCGCAGCGGCCAGCUGGCUGGGACCACCACCAGCAGCGCCUACAGCUACACGCUGGAGCGCCAUGUCUGCCUGGGCUUCGUGUCUCCACCGCCGGGUCCUGAGGGCCUCCCCACGCCCAUCACCCCCGACUUCAUCAACCGUGGCGACUAUGAGGUGAACAUCGCCGGACAGCGCUACCCGGCCAAGGCCAAGCUGUACCCCUUCAGCUCCCUCUUCACCCAGCAGAAGCGGCGCAAGGAGGACAUGGAGCUCAGCAACCUCCAGGGGAAGUGAGGCCUCCCCAGACGACACUCCUUCAGUUCACCCCUCCUGACCCAACCCAGUGUCUGGUGUGAGGGCUGAAUGUACAAGCACUUCUUGUUGGUACUCUAAAAAUCAGUUUUGGGGUUUCAUCCUCUGCUUUUAAAGUGCAAUAUUUAGAAAAGCACCUAAGGCUUGACCUUUCAUCUCAUUGAAAUCCAGUUCUUCAUCCCAUCAUUCCCACCCUGACUACCCCGACUGCUGUGCCGCUGCAGUCUGUGGUUAUGUGGCUUUAUCAAGGCGAUAUCAACACUAGCUGCUGCAGACUUUACCAGUUUGUUGACUUAAACCCAGGGGUGUCCAAAUGAAGAUUAAAAAAAAA